CAGAGACAGACUCAGUGGAGGAUCCUCUCUGUGACAGAUGGCCAAGUUACAGUCUACGGUUGUUCUACAGCUUCUGUUUGGAACCUUUAGACUGUGUCUCCUUCACAGAGCUUCAUCUGACCUCAGAUCUGUCCAUCCUGGAGAAAACAUCACCCUGCACUGUGACAUCACUGCAGAUUAUGAGAUAUCGUGGUAUCACCAGAGCUCAGAGGAGAUGAAGCUGCUGGUUUCUGCUGGAAAAGAUAAACUGAAUAAAUCAUUUUCCCUCAAUCAUAAUGUGGAUGAAGAUCACUAUGAUGGAAUAGAAAACUCAGGUUCAGUCAGUUUAGUGGUUAUUGGUGUUAAUGAGACUGAUUUGGGUCUGUAUUACUGUGGAGGACGAGGACAAAAGUCACUGCUGCAGUUUGGAAGAGCCAUCAGACUGACCUUCGCAGAUGAUGAAAAUUAUGAAGAAAAGACCGAAAAUGCUGAAUGUCCUCCAGAUUCUCCAGAUCCCAAGUCCUACCAGAUUCUAAUUGUAGUCCUGCUGUCUGUCUGUUUGGUCUCUGUCCUGAUGAACAUCAUCUUCUUGUGGCUGUUCUGUUACAGGGUGCAAGGCAAGCCAAACAUUUGCUGGCAAGACACCAACAGCACCCAUUCACUUGAGAAGGUGUCUCAGGAGUUGGAGAUGCAGUACGCCAGUCCUGUCUACAACAGAGAUCUCAGUCCUGUCUACAACAGAGAAGCCGCUGAAGAAAACACAGCGCCUGCUUCAGACAACGUGACCUAUGCAAAAGUAUCAAGGCCUGCACCACAAAGCGCCACAAACAUCAGACACCUUCCGGCCUAGACCUUGUCUCACGUAGACUAGUGUAAUCUGAGAUGGCCUGAAGGCUAACAGAUCAAGAAGUCACUGCUCUAUGACCCUGAUUCUCACAGGGGAACCCAGGUGAUGCACAUUUUUCCUACUAAGUGAGAUUCAUUAGCUGAUUGGCUAAUGAAUGACUGUGAUCUAAGCAAGGAGAUUUAGACCGG